UCCUCGCGGGCGGAGGCCGGAGGUUCGCGGCGGCCUCCCGGUACCGACGGGUCACAAACUUGAGCGAGGUGGACGUUCCAGCCGCCUAGGAUGAGGAGGUGCGGCCGCCACUCGGGGUUGCCGUCGCAGCAGCAGCUGCUGCUGCUGCUGCUGCUGCUGCUCCCGCCGCUGCUGCUCGCGGUGCCCGGCGCUGGCGCGGCCAAGCUCUCGGUGCUCUACUCAUCCUCCGACCCUCUGACCAUGCUGGACGCGGACACGCUGCGCCCGGCUGUGCUCCGCUCCUCCAGCGCCUGGGUGGUGGAGUUCUUCGCCUCCUGGUGUGGACACUGCAUCGCCUUCGCCCCGACGUGGAGGGAGCUAGCCAACGACGUGCAGGACUGGAGGCCGGCCCUGCAUCUUGCUGUCCUGGACUGUGCUGAUGAGGCCAAUACUGCUGUCUGCAGAGACUUCAACAUCCUAGGCUUCCCAACUGUGAGGUUUUUUAAGGCCUUCUCCAAGAGUGGUCCCGGAACAGCAUUAUCAGUGGCCGGUGCUAACGUGGAGACGCUACGUAGGAGGCUCAUUGAUGCUCUGGAGUCCCACAAUGACACAUGGCCCUCAGCCUGUCCACCACUGAAGCCUAUCAAGAUGAAGGAGAUCAACAAAUUCUUUACAAGAAAUAACACAGAGUACUUGGCCCUGAUCUUUGAAGACAAAGACUCCUACCUGGGUAGAGAGGUAGCUCUGGACCUGUCCCAGCACCAUAUACCGGUGCGCAGGGUCUUGAAUACAGAGAAAGACGUGGUGAACAAGUUUGGCGUCACUGAUUUUCCAUCGUGCUACCUGCUCUUUCGGAAUGGCUCUGCCUCCCGAGUGCCUGUGCUGAUGGAGUCCAGGUCUUUCUACACAUCCUACCUCCGGGGACUGUCUGGACCGACCAGGGAUACCCCCUCAACCACAGUGGGGCCAGUCACUACUGAGAAUAUAGUACCCACAGUGUGGAAUAUUGUAGACCACUCCAAGAUCUACAUGGCCGACCUGGAAUCCUCACUGCAUUACAUCUUGCAUGUAGAAGUGGGAAAGUUCUCAGUUCUGGAGGGACAUCGCCUGGCAGCCCUAAAAAAGUUUAUAGCAGUAUUGGCCAAGUACUUCCCUGGCCGGCCUUCAGUCCAGAACUUCCUGUACUCCUUAAACGACUGGCUUUACAAACAGCAGAGGAAGAAGAUGCCCUAUAGUUUUUUUAGAACUGCUAUGGAAGACAGGAAGAAGGACUCGGUUCUUGAUGAGAAGGUGAACUGGGUUGGCUGCCAGGGCAGUGAGCCCCAUUUCCGGGGCUUCCCCUGCUCCCUGUGGGUUCUCUUCCACUUCCUGACUGUGCAGGCAAGUCGGCAUAGUGAAAACUACCCGCAAGAGCCAGCUGAUGGCCAGGAGGUCCUCCAAGCCAUGAGGAACUAUGUUCGGUUCUUCUUUGGCUGUCGAGACUGUGCUAACCAUUUUGAGCAGAUGGCUGCUGCCUCUAUGCACCGGGUGACAAGUCCCAAGAGUGCAGUUCUCUGGCUCUGGACUAGCCACAACAGGGUUAAUGCUCGCCUCUCAGGCGCUCCGAGUGAGGACCCCCUCUUCCCCAAAGUGCAGUGGCCACCCCGUGACCUGUGUUUUGCCUGCCAUAAUGAACUCAGCGGACAGCAGCCUGUGUGGGAUGUAGAUGCCACCUUCAACUUUCUCAAGGCUCACUUCUCCCCAGGAAACAUCAUCACGGACUCUCCUGCAGCUGGACUAACAACCCAGAGGGGUCCCCAGAAUCCGGAAACUACCCUAGAGCUGGUAAUGGAUGCAUUAGAACUGGAGACCAGAAAUUCAGUGCUGGGCCAUGAGCAGGCUGCUUCUACAAAGUCCCCUGGAGUUACCACCCUAGAUGUUCCAGCUGAGAAGCCUGAAGCAAGUGGUCCCCAGGAACCAUACACAGGCCUCAGAAUGAGCGGAGCUCCACCAGGGCAGGGCCCUCCUGAGCACAUGGAAGAGCUCCAGAGGGAUACGCAGGAGCAUGCGCAGGGCCAGCAUCACUUGAGGAAGAGAUACACUGAGGCCUUAUUGCUGCCUGAGGUGAACCACCUCCAAGGCCUUUUAGAGCUAAGGCGAGGGGGCCGCAGCCCCAAGCAGCUAGCCAGCAUACCUGAAGGGGAGCCAGAGGCCCGAGCUGUACAGGGCCAAGGCCCGUGGCUACAGGUUGUGGGAGGGGGUUUUUCCCACCUGGACAUUAGCCUCUGUGUGGGGCUCUACUCUGUGUCCUUCAUGGGCUUAUUAGCCAUGUACAUCUACUUCCGGGCCAGGAUGAGGAACCUGAAGGGCCAUGCUAGUCCCCCCGUAGCCUGAACUGUCCAGGAAGAGGACAGGAAACGGAGCUGCUAUCCACCGAGCUUUUUUGGCCCCCUUGGUCCCUUGCUUCCCUUUUCUACCUUAGAGUAGCAAGUCCAAGAAAGCUAGCUGUUACAGUGAGCCCUGGAGUCUGCUGUGAAGGGGUCCAUAGACAGACAAACAGGGCCCCAGUGUCACCUGACCAGCACGGGGCAGGGGUGGGGGGGUGGGGUUCCGGG